AUGACGGACUUUCUGCUACACGAGCACCCAGUCCGGCUGGGAGAGAAGCGGACAGCAACACACGAUACGCACAUCCCCGUUCGUCUACCCCAAUUAUUCGUGCUAUUUCUGUCUGAGAAUCCGGUAGUCAAUCCGCACUACGAAGUGGUGAGGAAGGAAUCCGAAGAAUGGCUGGCCAAUGAAUGCUCCUUCGAUGAGAGAUCGCGGCGGAUCCUGAACAAAACAGAUUUCUCGUACUUCUGUUCCGUCGCGGCGCCUGAUGCUGGUCCGGAGGAAUUGCGCACUGUGUGUGAUUGGGGGAACUGGGUGUUUCCAUUCGACGAUAUGUUCGAUAACGGAGGCCUGAAGGACGAUCCUGCGCGGGCUCAACAACUCAUCGAUAGUUUACUUGCCGGGAUGCGCGAGGAGGGUGCUCAGCUGCCGUCUGAGGGAGACAGUCCCCUGGUUCGAGUUCACAACACGGUAUGGCAGCGCGUGGCUCAGGCUUCUCCUGCUGGAGUCAAACGCAGAUUCGCCGUUUCAAUGAGGGAUUACUGCAAGGGCAGCAUAGAGCAAGUCCGUACCUGCUCCAUGGGCCGAUACCCAUCCCUGGACGAGAUGCUGGCGCUGCGAAGGCAGUCGGCGGGUGUUGCGCCUCUUUUCGCUUUGGUCGAAUACGCACAUAAGCUGGAUAUCCCGGACCACGUCUUCGAGUGCAGAAGUAUCAAGGAGAUAGAGCGUAUCGGAGUUGACCUUGUUCUUCUACAAAACGAUAUACUAUCCUACUGUAAGGAAGAGAAAGAAGGAGUAACGCACAAUGUCGUCGCUAUAUGCCGUUACUCUGGCAUGCCCGCUCAAAUGGCCUUCAACCAUAUCGGCAAUAUGCUUGUCGAUCGGUAUAGGGACUGGUAUCUUGCGCUGGCAGAGCUCCCGAGCUGGGGUGAGCAGGUCGAUGCUCAAGUGCAGCAGUAUAUUCGGGGCGUGCAGAAUGUCGUGAUGGCUAAUCUGAAUUGGAGCUUCCGAUCAGGACGGUACUUCGGAGAUGCAAAGGAUAUUGUGCGAAAGUCGAUGGUUGUGAUGGUCAAGCGGCAAAGCGCAGAUGUUUGA